AUGGCAUUUACUCUAGGAAUGAUGCCAUCACCUAAAUAGAUUGAAAGAGGUGAUAAAACUGUGGAAAUAACAAAAAUAUGUUCCAUAAAAUUUAUAACUUUUGAUGUAUUUCCAGAUCACAUAAUAUAACUACUAUUUCAUUAUCAUUAAUUAAUAACAUAUGAUGAGGAUUGUGAUUUUGAAGAAUCCAUUUAGAAUGUAAAUUUAAAAGUUGAUGGAGCAUUGAAAUUUGAGAUUAGUUUAGAAAGUAAUGAACAAUUAUAUUGGGUUUAAAAUACAAAAGAAGAAGCUUAUGAAUUAGAAAUAGAUGAAAAUUUAAAUAUAAAGAUAUAAGCAUAAAAUCAUUGGGGUUUAGCAAGAGCUCUUGAUACUGUAAAUCAAUUAGCCAUAAAUAAUGAAAUAGAGAAUGUAAUUUAUAUAAAUAUUAUAAUAGUUACCUAUUGAUAUAAGUGAUGAACCUUAAUAUAUUCAUAGAGGAGUAAUGAUAGACACAGCGAGAAAUUUUUUACCUGUAAAAUUAAUAAAGAGAACUAUUGAUGCUUUAGUAAUAAAUAAAUUGAAUGUUUUACAUUGGCAUAUUACAGAUGAUGAAAGUUUUCCACUUUUAUUAAGUAAUUAUAGUUAAAUAACAAAUAAUUCAAAAUAUUAGAAGGAUGGAUAUUUUACAAAGGAAGAUGUUUAAGAUAUUAUAUAAUAUGCUUCAAUAAGAGCAGUAUAAAUAAUUCCUGAAAUAGACACACCAGCACAUGUUCAUUCUUGGGGUAGAUCAUCUGAAUUAUCAGAAAUUAUAAUUACAUGUGAUACUAAUAUAAAAUAAUAUGGAUAAUUAGAUCCAACUUUAGAAUUUACAUAUGAAGUCUUAAAGUCUGUAAUGUAAGAUUUGAAUGAUAUGUUUGCUAAAGUAUAAUUUAUUCAUUUUGGUGGUGAUGAAGCUAGUAUUUAAUGUUUUGAAUAAAAACCAUCCAUUAAAGAAUUUAUGGAUUAACAUGGAAUAGCUAACUAUUUUGAUCUUUAAGUUUAUUAUAGAAAAAGAUAAAAAGAUAUUUGGAUUAAUUAAAUUAAAUCACAAAAGAAAAUCAUUUAUUGGUAUAAUAAAAAAGAUUAACUUCCUGCAGAUUAAGAUGAUAUUAUAUAAUGGUGGGGUCUAUCUUCUUAGCUUAAUGAAGUAAAAAAUAGGCCUAAUUCAUUUAUAUUAAGCGAUUUUCACCCUUUAUAUCUUGAUAUUGGUGUUGGAAAUGCUUUUGGGGAUAGAUAUGAUAAAUAUUAAGCAUGGAAGGAUGUCUAUAAAUGGAACCCAAAAAUUCCACAUAACUUUUAAGGAAAUAUUUUAGGAGGAGAAACCCUACUUUGGGGUGAAACUAACAAUUAAAAUACUCACUUUUAAAAAUUAUUUUUAAGAUCAUCAAUUUUAAGCGAUACGUAAAUAAAAUGAAUAUAAAUAGUUUAUGGAAUCCAGAAAUUAAAAAGUAAGAAUAAUUUUGGAAAUUUACCUAAAGGUUAAGUGAUAUGGAAGAUAGAAUGAACAAGUAUGGAUUUCCUGUUUCUCCAUUUACUCAUAGUUAUUGUAAAAGAUAACUAUAAUAAUGUUUUCCUUAACUUUACUCAACAAAAUUAGAAUUGCUUUUUAUGUUCAUUAUAGUAUAUUUAAUAUGA